UUUGCUUCCAUGGAAACUCUCUGAAUCUUUACAACAUUUUUCAUCUGUUAUUAGUUCCCAAGUAUAUGAACUAUCUGCUUCUUCUCUCCAGUGCUGUUCAGUUGUGUGUUGAGAUGUAAUCGAAGUAGCUGAUUAGGCGUACUAACUAUUGAUUACAACUCAGAAAAAUCUAUGAGGUGGAUGCAGAAUACAUUCUUUUGAGUCAGCUUGGUCAUUUUUCACUCUUGUUGUUUCUGUAAUUAAAUGGAUACUGGUGGGUUUGUAGAUGAAAAAAGCGAGAAUAGAUUAUAUGUUGGAAACCUCGAUCUUAGAAUAAACGAGGCUGCGUUGAUAAAAAUGUUUUCUCCAUAUGGGAAGAUCAUAUCAGAAGACUUCCUUUGGCAUACACGCGGCCCAAAGAAAGGAGAACCACGCGGCUAUGCUUUCAUCCAAUUUUGCCGUAAAGAGGAAGCUGAAUUGGCGAAGGAGAAGAUGCAUGGGAGAUUAGCUUGUGGUAGACCUUUGGUGGUGCGUUUAGCUAGUGAGAAGCAACUAGAAGAUAUCUCUCAUGAUCACUCCAAAAGAUCAUUACCAGAAGCAAACAGACCGAGGUUUGUAAACGGGAGCAGCUCAGGACAAAUGAGCCGAGACGAAAAAGUAGCUGCCAUUAAGAACAAACUCAAAGCUUUGGAAGAAGAUGAGAAACGAGAUCCCAAGAAACAGAAGAGAUAAGCUCUGUGACUGUGACCAUUGCCAAGAGAGAUGUUAAAACAGUUAAUGUCAACGUUUUUGUAUCUAGUUUUAGUUACUUUUGGCACUUCCAUGGUUAAUCCGAAUUAAAUUGGAAGAAUGGUAACCGGUUUUAGCUCAAUUUAUUCCAUAACCCGAAUCUGAAUCUAUAAGAAAUAACAAUUUGCAUA